UGAGCGCUGCAGCCCCUGACGCAGGCUCCGUUCUUCUUCGGUGCUUCUACACAACGCGUUUCCGCUUUGAACUCCGGCGCGCUCGAGCUAAGUUAGCAUCACAUGUGUGGACAUUGAACGUGGACUCAUAUUGAAAACAAAUAAAAAAACCACAACACGAGCAGCUCCACGUGACGGCGGAGGAGCGCACGUGUCUGUUACGUGUUUUUAUCCGGAACUCGUGAAUCUACGACUCCAGACGAGUUCCUCCUAUGUAGCCGCAGUUAGCUCAAGUAGCUAACUCACAGCCUGCUCGCCACCACAACAACGUUGUUGGAGAAGCGGCAUCAUGGCUAAUCUGGAGCAGUGGGUCAAUGACCGUCUCCAUGACAUCCUGGGGUUGAGUGACAGAUACGUGGCUCAGUUCAUGAUUGGCACUGCACGGAAAGCGAUGAAUGCGCAAGACUUUGUGAGUCGUCUCGAGCAGACGGGCACGAUUGAUAUCGACCAGAGUGUGACUGCCUUCGCACAUGAGCUCUUCGACAAGAUUCCUCGCAAGCAAGUUGUUGAGAAAGCAUCCCGCGAGAUAGAACGGCAAGCCAUUGAAAUGGACAGGAAGAAUCGCACAUACACGUUGCUGGAAGACAGCGAGAGCGAUGGAGAAACUGUGAGGGAGAAAGAAAAAGGGAAAAAGAAAAGUAAGGACAGAGGAAACAAGAGGAAGCACAUCAGAAAGAAGAAAGAGAGUGAGUCAUCCAGUGAGGACGAAGCACCUAAAGGGGGUAAUGCAGGCCAGUCGGUCCAGAAAGAAGAAGAGGAGGAGGAAGAAUGGGAGAAGGAAGAGCGAGAGCGACUGCAAGACAUCGAAGAGCGAGACGCUUUUGCUGAGCGAGUGAGGCAGAAAGACAAAGACAAGACCCGCAAUAUAGCGGAGAGAACUGACAAAAAGGCUUACGAGGAAGCUCAGAAGAGGCUGAAGAUGGCUGAAGAGGAUCAAAAUAAAAUGUUGCCAGAGUUGAGGAAGCAGUCUCGCUGGGACUAUCUAAAGAAGAGAGAGUCAGAGAAGCUGGAGGACCUGGAGGCAGAGAUCAUUGACGACGAGUACCUCUUCGCUACAGACGAGCUGACUGAGAGGGAGAAAAAAGAGUUAGAAUACAAACGAACACUUCGCGACCUGGCUAAAGAUUACAAAAAGGCCGGUGCCAAGGAACAAGAGGAGAGGAAGAACAGAUACUACAUGCCGGAAGAAAAGAGAGGCAAGGAGGUGCCUCAGAAGGACCUGGAGCUGGAGGAAACUCCCAUGGAGCUGGGAGGGGAGCAAGGCCGCUGGGAGGAGGAGAGGCUGAAGACGGCCUCUCUCAGCUUCGGGGCCAAGAAGGAGCGAGAGCUGGGGAUGAGGCAUGAGCAGGAGAAGUACCAGCUGAUCCUGGAGGAGGAUGAGAUGAUCGACUUCGUCAGCACUGCCAUUACCAUGAAGGGAACUCGGGCAGAAAAGGAUCAGGAGGAACCAUCUCUGUCGCAGGCCGAGCAGAGGAAACAGUCCAUGCAGGAGGUCCGACGCAGCCUUCCCAUCUUCCCUUACAGAGAGGACCUGUUAGCCGCCAUCCUCAAGCACCAGAUCCUGGUUAUAGAAGGGGAGACGGGCUCCGGAAAAACCACCCAGAUCCCACAGUAUCUCUUGGAAGAUGGCUACACUGAAGGAGGCAUGAAGAUCGGAUGCACGCAGCCUCGCAGAGUGGCAGCCAUGUCAGUUGCAGCCCGAGUGGCACAGGAAAUGAGUGUGAAACUUGGGAAUGAGGUGGGUUACUGCAUUCGUUUUGAAGACUGCACAUCAGAGAGAACGGUGCUCAAGUACAUGACUGACGGCAUGCUGCUCCGAGAGUUUCUCACCGAGCCCGACCUGGCCAGCUACAGUGUGAUCAUCAUAGACGAGGCCCACGAGCGAACUCUCCACACAGACAUCCUGUUCGGUCUGAUUAAAGACAUCGCCAGGUUCAGGCCGGACCUGAAGGUGCUGGUGGCCAGCGCCACUCUGGACACCGAGCGCUUCUCCUGCUUUUUCGACGACGCCCCUGUCUUCAGGAUCCCGGGCAGGAGGUUCCCUGUCGACAUCUUCUACACUAAAGCUCCAGAGGCCGACUACCUGGAAGCAUGUGUGGUGUCAGUGCUACAGAUCCACGUCACCCAGUCUCCUGGAGACAUUCUGGUCUUCCUCACUGGACAAGAGGAGAUUGAAGCGUGUUGCGAGCUUCUCUCGGAGAGAUGCAGGCGGCUGGGAUCUAAGAUCGCUGAGCUGCUGGUACUUCCCAUCUACGCCAACCUGCCGUCUGACAUGCAGGCAAAGAUCUUCAACCCCACUCCACCUGGCGCCCGGAAGGUGGUGGUGGCCACCAAUAUAGCAGAAACCUCCCUGACCAUAGAUGGCAUCAUCUACGUCAUUGAUCCAGGUUUCUGCAAGCAGAAGAGUUACAAUGCCCGCACUGGCAUGGAGUCGCUCAUUGUCACGCCCUGCUCACGGGCUUCAGCCAACCAGAGAGCAGGCCGUGCAGGCAGAGUGGCUGCUGGGAAAUGUUUCAGGCUUUACACAGCAUGGGCCUUUAAACAUGAAAUGGAGGAGACGACUGUGCCUGAGAUUCAGAGGACCAACCUGGGAAACGUAGUCCUCCUGCUGAAGAGUCUCGGUAUCAAUGACCUCAUUCACUUUGACUUCAUGGACCCACCUCCUCAUGAAACUCUGGUCUUGGCCCUGGAGCAGCUCUACGCCCUGGGAGCACUCAACCACCUGGGAGAGCUCACCAAGCUGGGUCGCAGGAUGGCUGAGUUACCCGUGGACCCCAUGAUGAGCAAGAUGAUCCUGGCCUCCGAGCAGUAA